GGUUGGCAGCAGAGCUAAUGGGGACGCGAGAGGUCACAUUGUGGGCGUGGCUUGCGAUAAGGAGGUUUGGAACGCAGAAGUCUGAAGUCCAGUGCCGUGUAGUAGUGGGCUAUGUGCUCGGUGUAAGCGCCGUAGGUUCUGUCCCCAGGUGUGUACAUGUACUUAGGCUGGCGGCAUGGCGAAGGCGGUAUCUGCGGUGGUCAAUGUCCUGGAGUCGUACAGGGGCAGAGAUAGAAUGAUACGGACAUUAUGCUAUAGCUGUCAACUGCUUGGUGGAGCCAUUACACAGAAGCAUGGAGAAAAGCAGCAGUGUGGACGGAGCCUCCUAAUUGUGGCCUCUCAGCUGAGCCACUGCAGGACAGUACUGCGGCUGUUUGAUGACCUGUCCAUGUUGGCGUAUUCUCUUCAAUACGGUCUAGGAAAGAAGGAGAAAGACUGUAUCAUCCGGUGGAUAUCUGUCUUGGGCAACAUAUUUGACCAGCUGUACUAUCCAUGUGAGCAUAUGGCCUGGGCAGCAGAUGCUGGAGUGUUUCCCAUCAAGUCUGAUAAGUGGUGGAUAGCCAGUACAGCCCUUUGGGGUCUUUCUCUAGUGGUGGGCAUUUUACGAGCCAUAAGAACAUUAAUAAAGCUAAGAAGAAGUAAAGGAAAACAUUCAGAGGAUGAUCCUCCAAAGAGCCGGGGAGAAAUAAAGUUCCAGAUGAGAUCAGAACUUUUGUGCAUUAUCUGCAGUCUCGCUGAUCUAGUUAACGCUAUUCACUGGAUGCCCCCUGGUUUUCUAUGGGGAGGAUGCUCUCCAACAUGGUUUGUUGGUCUGAUGGGAACAAUUUCUUCAGUUAUUGGAAUCUACCAGACUGCUGUUGGAGGAAGCUCUGCAGGGGUGUAAAACCAAAGAUGGGGGCGGG